AGAUGCUUUAGCCUAGUGAGCAGCACCUCAGCCAAUGAGGUGGGAGCGCUGCGCUCCUACGCCGCACGGGAGCCCCGGAGGGCUGGUGGGUAGCGCGGCUCACUGCAGCAUUUAGGGCUUGUGCUGCUGGAGCCCAGGCUCGGUGCGCCCUGGUCCUGGUCCUGCGCGCGCGGUGGGGACCGGCUCCGCUCCAGCACGCGGGUCUCCUGUCUCUCUCACCCGUCACAAGAUUCCCACGGUCCCGAACAACUGGUAAACACGAGUGGCUGUGGAAGCCCCUAACUAACCAUGAUGGGGACUGGCUCCAAGAAAAACCCAGAGCCCGUGGUGGCUCCGGAGCCUGUCAGCACUGCGAUGUCUGUGGGCUCCAUGGAGAAUGUGACCAACACCACGAGCCUGAGUGACAGCAAGGAGGACAUAUUUGCCAAGCUGAAGGCCAAGUUCAUGAAUGAGCUGAACAAGAUUCCCUUGCCUCCCUGGGCCCUGAUUGCCAUCGCUGUGGUAGGCGGCCUGCUCCUCCUCACCUGCUGCUUCUGCAUCUGCAAAAAAUGCUGCUGCAAGAAGAAGAAGAACAAGAAGGAGAAGGGCAAAGGGAUGAAGAACGCCAUGAACAUGAAAGACAUGAAAUCGGGAAACCAGAACAAACAGGAUGACGACGACGCGGAGAUGGGCCUGACGGAGGGAGAAGGUGAGGAGGAGGAGAAGGAGCCAGAGAACCUGGGCAAGCUGCAGUUCUCGCUGGACUAUGAUUUCCAGGCUAACCAGCUGACGGUGGGCAUUCUCCAAGCGGCCGAGCUCCCGGCGCUGGAUAUGGGCGGCACCUCGGACCCGUACGUCAAAGUCUUCCUGCUCCCGGACAAGAAGAAGAAAUACGAGACCAAAGUGCAGAAGAAGACCCUCAACCCAGCCUUCAAUGAGACCUUCGUCUUCAAGGUUCCCUACCAAGAGCUGGGCGGGAAAACCUUGGUGAUGGCCAUCUACGACUUUGAUCGCUUCUCCAAGCACGACAUCAUUGGGGAGGUCAAGGUGCCCAUGAACACAGUGGACCUGGGCCAGCCCAUUGAGGAGUGGAGAGACCUGCAGGGCGGCGAGAAGGAGGAGCCAGAAAAGCUGGGAGAUAUCUGCAUCUCGCUACGGUACGUGCCCACCGCCGGGAAACUCACCGUCUGCAUCCUGGAAGCCAAGAACCUGAAAAAGAUGGAUGUCGGGGGUCUCUCAGAUCCGUAUGUGAAGAUCCACCUGAUGCAGAAUGGCAAGAGGCUGAAGAAGAAGAAGACCACUGUGAAGAAGAAGACCCUGAACCCUUACUUCAAUGAGUCCUUCAGCUUCGAGAUCCCCUUUGAGCAGAUACAGAAAGUGCAGGUGGUGAUCACCGUCCUGGAUUACGACAAGCUGGGGAAGAAUGAAGCCAUCGGCAAAGUAUUUGUUGGCUCCAACGCCAGUGGCACGGAGCUGCGGCAUUGGUCCGACAUGCUGGCUAACCCCAGGCGGCCCAUCGCCCAGUGGCACUCCCUGAAGCCGGAAGAAGAGGUGGACGCAUCGCUCGGGAAGAACAAAUAGGAAGCUCCAUAGCCCAGCAUAACCUACGGACAUUCUAAGCGACCCAGAGCUAUCGAUACCUCAGUUAUGUAACCUUUGGUUUUUGCUUCCAUUUUGUUUUAAGCUGCACUACCCUUUGGUGACUGUGGAAGGGUUUCCAGACAGUCCUGAGUGCUAUCAGGGGAAAUGGUUAAAGACAGGGAUGGUUCUUUUCAUUCUGCAAAGUCGCUUCCUUCCGCUGCAUGUCUCAUCGUUUCUACGUGCUGUUCUUUGAAAGUGUAAAGCCAGCUUCUGCCGUAGGUCCCAGAGGCGCCAGGCCGUGGCAGGACAUCGUCUUCCUUUCUCUUCGGUUUUACACUGGGACCUUCAAACAUUGUGCUAAGGUGACAGCUGAGCCUGAAAAUGUGAGUUGACCAGAUACACUGUGCUUGCUUUGGGGAUACAUACAGCUGGACUAGGCGGGUCGGUGGAGAAGAGCUGUGAUGAACAUCUGGGUGUCUUCGUAUGACUGCUUUGACUCCCAUCAGCCGCCCAGAGAAGCGAGAGGGCAGCCGCGUUGGGACUGGAACGUCCAAGGCUCCAUCGAACAUCUUAAGGUUUAGUUUCUUCUGGUGCGACAGGUGCAUUGCUGGGCAUAUAGACCCUGGGCUAUUGCCACCCUGUGGCAGCUAGGUAGGGUAUUGAACCUUGCAGCUCCCCAUGUGAUUGCCAGAGAAGGGGGGCGGUUACACCGCGGGUGCAUGUCUUUGAUAACUGAACAUUCACAAUUCCAAUCUCAGUGCAGGACAGAGCACAAGAGAGUCUUGGUUUUGAAAAACAGCAUCAUGGGAUAUUUAUGCAAAUGACCAUUGCGAGGCAGGCUUACAGUAGCAGCUGGACUUGAGACAGGCCCACCCAAUCAAGAAGAAUCUAGGUUGAUUUACCAAAAUGGCUGCUUAAAGCCAUCCGUGUAGGCUAAACGACAUCUUAAAUGCAAGCAGCUCUGGGAGGAGUUGCAUACAUGUCCCAUCACGCAUUGCACUACUGUACAUCUUCUGAAGAUGCGUGUCCAGAGCCAGAUACGUCCCAGGGGAGGGUUUAAGGUACAAGGUCUUCAGAACUUAAGGCGAGAGGGUGGAGCUGGGAUGUUAGUGAGGCAGGUGCAAAUCCCCCCCAGUGUUUCUACCCGUAUGGCUGCAUGUGACCCAUGCAGUGAGCUGCUCAAAUGUGGCGAUGUGAUGAGAGAGCUUGCUCCAGCCUGCCGCUUGAAGCUGUUCCACUUUAAUUAACUGUUAUUGGGGCCAAGCAAAGUCAGAAGCUGCCUCUAGCUCAGGGGUCUGGGCCAGCCCCUGAGAUGUUGGACAUGCUCAGGGCCGGCUCCAGGCACCAGCUGAGCAAGCAGGUGCUUGGGGCGGCACGUUGGGCUCUUAGGCGG